AUGGUGGAUGAGUCUGGAUCCUCCUCUUCUGCCAUGGUGGAUGAGUCUGGAUCCUCCUCUUCUGUCACGGUGGAUGAGUCUGGAUCCUCCUCUUCUGUCACGGUGGAUGAGUCUGGAUCCUUCUCUUCUGUCACGGUGGAUGAGUCUGGAUCCUUCUCUUCUGUCACGGUGGAUGAGUCUGGAUCCUUCUCUUCUGUCACGGUGGAUGAGUCUGGAUCCUUCUCUUCUGUCACGGUGGAUGAGUCUGGAUCCUUCUCUUCUGUCACGGUGGAUGAGUCUGGAUCCUCCUCUUCUGUCACGGUGGAUGAGUCUGGAUCUUUCCGGUUUCCCAAUCAACAGUCUGGAUCUUUCCGGUUUCCAGUCUAA